AUGGUGAAAAGUAACAAAGGUCGUCAAAAGAUAGAGAUGAAAAAAAUGAGAAAAGAGAAGAACCUUCAAGUGACUUUCUCGAAAAGAAAGUUUGGUCUUUUCAAGAAAGCUAGUGAGCUUUGCACUUUGUGUGGUGCACAGAUUUUGAUGAUUGUGUUCUCUCCUGCUGGGAAAGUGUUUUCUUUUGGCCAUCCUAGUGUUAGAGAACUAAUCUAUCGUUUCCAAAACUUUAACCAUAAUUCUCUCAUUCCCCACCAACCAAACAACAACCUGGAGCUUGCUGAAUCUCGUCCGGAUACAAAUGUCCAAUACCUCAACGAGAUGCUCACUCAUAUGCUGGUCAAACAGGAAAAGGCGGAAGAUACUAGAAUGACAUUAGACAGGGUGAAACAAUCAAGAGAACAAAGAGGAAUCCGCUGGUAUGAAAAAGAUGUGAAAGAACUCGACGUGACCGAAACCGACAAUCUGAUUGGUGCUCUUCAAGAUGUAAGGAAGAAGUUGGUAAGUGACAUGUCUCACGAUUCUCAAUUAAAUGUUUCUCAUCAGAAUUACAUGGGAGAAAAUGCUGUCUUUGGUGGUGGUGGUAAUGUUGAUGUUGGCGGCAUUGAUCUGUUUAAUCCAAUCAUGGGUUUUCCUAACUAG